UUAACUUUUCAUUCGAAACACACAAUACAAUAUAGUAACCGUUGCCAAUAAGCCGAACUUAACAAUGAGGCACCCCAGCAACCUAUUUCUUUGUUUGCGCCCUUCAAACAAACGUCCAAAAUUUUCAAUAUUAGUCUGUGCCCAACACCAGACGAAAGUCAUUCGUACACUUUACAAUCCACGUGAUAUUUUCUUAUUUUCACAAGUUAGUCGUAAGUUGAGCCAUAAUGAAUUGCUUGGAGAAAAAAUCACCGGAGGCGAAUCCCGAGUGUAAGGGCAAGACCAUCGAGCUAAAUCCGGGGUCCGCUUGCCCGGCUCCGCUAAUCUGUCCCCUGCCAACGGAACCACCCUCCCACCGACUGAAAAAGCCCCCACAGCCCGCCCUAGUGGCCUUGACGCCUCACCCCGAUGAGGCCGCCCAACAGCACCUGGUCCAAAAUAUCAUGGGUUCCGCCCAAGAGCAUCAGAAGCUGCAGGCGGAUCUCCAAGCAGGAGUUGACCAACAACAGAUGCAGUUGGCCGACAUGCGUGCUGAACAGUAUAAUCAAUCGCACAAGCCACUCAAAAUGGAGGAAGUGCAGUUUGCGCGUUCCAUGGACCCCGAAGCAGAUGAUUUGCGAAAUCCACCGUGCUACUUGCCCCAACAGGGGGAUGAGUUGCCCCACAAGGACCAGCUAAUGCCCAUGGGUCCGAUUGGUCCUUGGGCAUCGGGCAAAGUAGAUUGGAGCCCCAUGGCCGGGAUAACAGGCACAAGACCCGUUGUGGACCGCUACUCGAUCACCCGAUACAGCCCCAAUGAAUGGCGGACCAGGAACCACGAGACUGUGCAGGUCGUCAACGGAAGCUUGGGCAGGGCGGACAAAAACCGCUUCAGUUCGACUACCGAAUUCCUAAGGCUCUCUGCCCUGGUGGCCAAGUCGCAAAAGGAAACCACUGACAAACUGAGGAUCCGUUCGCAGUUGAUUGGUAAAUGGAAGAAUACUCUGGAGAAUGCCAUCAAGGCGAUGGCCGAUGAGAUAUCCACUAUGGAAGUGGAGCGGAUUAAGCUGCGAAAGUCCAUGGUGGUUCUGGGCGUACCGGAAUCCAUAGCUAAGGAGUGCAUUGAGAAGAGGGCCACACGACCAGAUACCGAGCUGGUACGCGACCAGGUGGAGGAGGAGCUGGUCAACGAGCUGGCCCUCAUCGCUGAAAUCCGAAGGUUGUUGAUGAAAACGCUGGAUGACUUCAAUACGCAGCAGGUUGAGAAUCGCACGGCUAGGCAGCGCCUGGAAUACGAUUGGAGUGACAAAAAGGAGGCCUACGACAUUGAUACCGUAAAUACCGGGCUAAAUAACUGCUCCAGGACGAUCAUGUUUCGACCGGGAGCUGUGCGCCAGCCACCAGAACAAGCAUCCGAAAAGUACUGGGAACAUUUCAGCAUGGAGACCCUGGACGAAUGCGAAAAGUGUCGCCUCAAGUCGGUGACCCUGCGCAACACAUUGAACUCGACAAUGAUGAACGCGGCCAGAGAUAUUCGCACGCAGGCCGAUGUCGUUGAAAAGGCCCUGACCUCCAGGAUCAACUGCACCCAAGAAGCGGUGCAAAGGUUCGAGAACGAUCUCAAGAAUAUCCUGCAGGGUCUAGCCGACGUGGAGAACCGCAUCGAGCAAAUGAAGCGUCGCAUUAGUUCCUUCGAUGCCUCCAUGAAGGUGGCCCAAACGCGCAUGGACAACCGCAGCUAUCGGCCAAAUGUGGAGAACUGCCGGGACUUGGCCCAGCAGGAGCUCAUCGAUGGGGUGCACACCAUCCAGAGCAGCGUUUCGGCCCUUCUUCAUGAGCUUGAGGAAGCAGAGCGGGUCAAGACGGACCUGGUGAAUUCCCGUGCCCGACUUGAACGGGAGAUUAUGCUGAAGAGGCGUAGCCUUUUCAUCGAUCGGGAGCGUUGUAUGCUCAUGCGAUCCUAUUAUCCUUCGGCUAAUACCCUGAGUGGCGCUGCCACAUCCUAGAGGGGCUUACCCGUUUUGAUUAUGUCUAAAUUUAUGCCAGAAUUUUAAAUUACCCAGUGCUGAUUUAAGCGGGAAAGUUUUUAUUGUGGGACUCACAUUCAAAAUUAGCAAGUGAAUAAAUUUUUGAAUAAUGAA